GUCUAGUUGUUUGCAGUCGCCAAGGCGCACGACAAGUGAAACAUCACGCACGCGUCUUAUGCCGAGACGUGGACUCUUCGUUUCGUUGAGAGGCGAGACGAACACGUGGCAGGACGUUUGCGUUCGCCUGACUUGACGAUGCAUUCGCGACAGGUGCAUGUUUGUCCGCAGGUUACAGAGCCGGAUCCGGAGAGAAUGACGCUUCUCGACGAACUGGAAAAGAUACGGGACGUGGUGUCCGAGAGGAAUGAUCAGAUCGUCGCCUUGAUGGAACAAAAAGAGAGAGCCGAGCACGAAUGCGCCGAGAAAUUGGCAGUCGCGCAGGCUAAAGUCGGAGCGUUCGUCGCGCAGGAAACGAUCCUCAAGAACGAAGUGGAACAGCUAAAGGUGCGCGCGGAACGAUCGGAGCAGCAGCUCGCCGAGAGCGGAGACCGAAUAGCCGAGCUGCGAAAGCAGUGCGCCGAUUACGACGAAUUAUUGAGCAGGAUACAAGAGUUGAAGGAGAAUUCGGUAGCGCUUACAGUUGAACUCACAGACACGAAAGACAGUCUGCAGACUCGAGUGGCCGAAAUAGACACCCUGAGCGGCGAAAAGGCGAGAUACUUGGAAGAACUGAACAUUGCGAACACGACGAUCGAGAAACUUAGAGGCGACUUGGACGACGUGCGGAAUGAUCUCGAGAGUUGCAGGGCGGAAUUGGACCAACUGCGAAGUGAUAAUGCGAAUCUUCGAGAUGCGAUGGACGAGAUGCAGCUUGAGAACGACGAAUUAAAAGACACGAUCGAAGACUUCCAGUCGGAUCUGAAGAGCUCGGAGGAACGCAACAAGGGAUUAAAAUUGAAGAAUGAACGCGCAGCUUUGGACUACGCCGCCUUAUCUGCAAAGUUUGACAGAUUGCAGGAAGACAAGCUGAGAAUGAUCGACGAGCUGGCUGAAUUAAACCGCAGCAAGAGCGAGAACGACGCUUUGCGAGAAGAGGUGGAUUACUUGUGGCGCGAAAGCGUAUCUUUGAAGGAGCGCCUCGAAACAACGGAGCUCGAGCGCGACCAGCUAAAUGCUAAGAAUGCAUCAUUAGACGAGGCAGCCCGAAAAACACGCGAAGAACUGAAGAGAGCGGAGGAGGGAAAUAACGAGCUGAAGAACCAGAUCGAUAAGUUGAACGUUGAACUACGUCUCUUGGAAGAAAAAUUUCAAGUGGCGCAAAAAGAGCUGGGGGGCACGAGAGACGAUUUGCAUAGUCUCGAGGCUGAGAAUGAAUUCUUGAGGAAGGCAUUGGAAAAUGCUAAAACGGAAAGUAACGAACUUAAGGAAGAAAACGUUGCCUUGAAAAACAAUCUUGAUAACAUAAUUAAGGAAUUGAAGUCUGCGAAGAACGAGUAUAAUGAUAUUAAGGCAAAGGAAGAUGAUUUAUUAUCUGAAAACGGUUACUUAAAGGAGGAAUUGGAGAAGCGAGCCGAGGAGACGAGUCAGUUAGAGCGCGAAGUGGCGGCAUUAAAGAAUGAUCUUGAUAGACUGCUAGGUGAGACGGAAAGGUUGAGGGACGAAGGUGCCGCCGCUGCGAGUGCUCUUAAAGACGAUUUGUCUAGAACAAAUGUAGCGUUAGAUGACGCGAAGAUACAAUUGGAAAAGUUUAAAGCCGAGAAUAGAGUUCUUACGGAAGAAUUGGAGAGGGCUAAUGUAAAUAAUAGCAAGUUAUCCACGGACUUUGGUGCUCUUCAAAGCGAAAUGGCGAAGUUGAAAUCGGAGAACAGCAAAUUGCUGCAAGAGGCGGCUGAUGGGCACGAAGAAGUAACGAAAUUAUCGUCCGAAAUAGCUGCUCUGAAAGGAGAAAUAAAUAAUAUGAGGGAGGACCUGACGAGAGCAAAUAACGAAGUUGCAAAUUCGCGGAAAGAAAUAGCCAGGUUAAAUAAUGAACUUGGGGAGGCGGUAGUUACUAAGGAAAAGCUGAGAGCGGAUAUUCACCGAAUAGAAAUAGAAAACGAGGCCAUCAAGACGGAGACGGAUAGUCGUAGAGACGAGAAUGAUAGGUUAAAAGAACAGAUGAACAAAUUGAAGAAACAGAUAGACUUAUCAGUCGACGAAGUGAGCAGAUUGAGAAUACAACUCGGCGACGCCGAGAAUCGGGUUAAGUUCCUUGAGCCUCAGAUGACUAAUUUGGAGAUUGAUAGAGGCGAGUUGCAGAACGAGAUUGACAAACUGAAACUGGAUCUAAGCGCGGAAACUACCGCCAAACGAAACAUUCAGGAGGAAUUAGCGGCGCUGAAGAGCGAGAUGAAAAAUUUGAUCUCGAAGAUCGAUGAGCUGAGAACGCAGAAUCAUGACCUGAGGGAAGAGAAGGACGCUCUCAAGAAUGAAUUGUCGAUGCAGAGCGAGCAAUCGUCGAGCUUGAGAGCUACGAAUGUUGAGAUGAGGAGCGAGAUCGACGACUUAGGUCGAACUAUUUCUGACUUGCGAUCGCAAGUGUCCAAACUGGAGGAGAGUAUCGAAUAUUGGAAGUUGGAAAAUCAGAAGCUCCAAGUGGAAGUAAAUAAGUCACACGCCGAGAAUAAAAAGACAAAAGAAGAUUUAAGCAGCUGUCAGGUCGAGCGACAAGCGUUAGAGAAGGAGAUGGCUAAUCUUAGAAAUGAGAAGAUUAAGCUGGAGGAAGAACUCGCGGAGCUCAAAAAUCAGGCGGAAGGACUGAAGCAGGCUUCGUUCGUCGAAAAGUCCGCGAAAGAAGAGACGGCGUUAAAAUUAGAAAAGAUCAGCGACGAGAUCGUUAAAUCGAGAGAGGAAGUCGAGGCAUUAAAGAGUGAAUUGGUCAAAUUAAGAGCGGAGAACGAUAGAAUGAGAAGCAAAGAGGAAAGUUCAUCGCGUGAAAUGUUAACAUUGAAGAAGGAGCUGGAGGAGCUGAGGAGGGAGAUAUCGAUUUUGAGAGCGGAGAAUGACGCGCUGCAGUCGAAAAUAAACAUGUUAACCCAAGAGAAUGACAAAUUGAAAGACGAUUCAGGCAAACUGUCGUCCAAAAUUGACAGACUAGAAUUGGAGAAUGUGAGUUUGAAGGAGGACCGGCGCGGAUUCGAGAAAGAGUUGGAGCAGCUGAGAGGCCAGGGCGACGGGCAGAAAGUUGAAAUCGAAAGUCUCAAGUCCAAUUUGACUGCUGCGCAGGCAUUAUCGGAGACAAUACGGUCGGAAUUAUCCGCUUGCCGAUUCGAGAACGACAAAUUGAGGGUGGAUUCGGUAAAGCUGCAGGAAAAUUUUGAUGCGCUUAAACUAGCGUAUGACAAGCUGAACAAGGAAGCGGAGGAUUUAAGGGUAGCAUCGAUCGACGCGCAGAACACGGCGAGCAGGUUGCAAGAUCAGGCGGCCGCCUUGCUGGAUGAGAAGGAAGCGCUUCUCAGUGAGUUACACGGUUUACGAGCGGAAGUGAGUGGGUUAGGUAAAGAAGUUGCGUCGAGCAAAGCCGCGAGGGAGGCUGCCGAGAGGCAGGCGGGCGUUCUAAGCGGAGAAUUAAAGGCGCUAAAGGCGGAACUGGAUAAUACGCGGGCGGAAAACGAAACUUGGAAGAGGGAACUGAACGACGCGAAUGAGCGCUUCGCCGCACUAGACAGCGAAGGGGCCGUCUUGAGAAUCGAGCACAGCAAAAUGACGACGGAACUCGAUACCAUCAGAUCCGAUUUAGCCGUGGUGGAGAAUGACCUCGAUAAGUCCAGGAAUCAGAACAGCAUGCUGCAGGGAGAGAUCGACGAGUUGAAGAGGAUGCGCGGGGAUGCGGCAACGAAGAUCAGGUCCCUGGAGGAACAGCUUGGCGGUCUGUCGGACGAGAGGGAGCAGCUCGAGAAAGAGAGAAGCGACUUGAGAGCUCGAGCUGCCAAGGUUGCGAGAGAUACCGACGACGUACCGGCGCAACUCGUCGGCACGAUCGAGGCUCUAGAGGCGGAGAGAACGGCGAGGGACGCCGUUCUGAUAGAACUGGACGCCUUGAAGGAGGCUCUGGCUAAUUCGCGAGACGAUUUCGCUGCAUGUCGAGCGGACAACGAGCGGCUAAAGGCCGAGUUGGCCGCCUCGGAGAGCCUAGCGUUGGAGUUACGGGCAGAUUUGGAGAGAGUCAUGGCCGAGAAUGAUCUACGGGAGGACGAGAUCGUACAAUUGAAAUCGGAGAACGAUAAGUUGAGUGAGGAACGUGACAGAUUAAGGGAUGAAUAUAGAGUCGAAUUGGACGAGCCGAGAGACGAACCGGACAGAUUAAUAAAAGCGGCGUUUCGCCAGGAGCGAUUUGAAAAUAACGUCCUGAAAAUCGAAAACGCGGAACUGCGUUCCGAAUUGGAACGCUGCCGAGAGGAGAAUCGAGCUCUGAAUGAACAACUUGACAAACUGCAGACUGAAAGCAAACCGUCCCCUUUGAACGGCGCGCCUGAAGCAGAUGAAUGCGGCGAGUUCAUUAAGGCGAAUAAAUUACUAAGGAAACAGAUUGAAAAGCAAUAUGACGCCGUGCAACGUUUACGCGAUUACAUACGCUUCGUGGACGGUAGAACAUCAACGAAACCCUCAAUGACGACCACGUUGGACGAUGAGUUCGGCGAAAUCGACCGGUGGAUAGCGCCGUCCAUCGUAGAGUUAUUAAAAGAAUCACGUAGACUGUCCGAGUGUAUCUACUCGGCGGGAAUGGAGUUGCGUUGCGUCGACAAGCUGCUGGAGCUGCUCGACAAGUGCAGGACGGACAAUGAGAAUUACGCGAGACAAUUAUCGGAGCUUGGCGUAGAAGUCGCUGAGGUCGCUAAGGGUGCGGAUAAUGGCGAUGAGCUUGGAGCUUUUGACCCUGAAUCUUGGCUGAAGUCUCUGACGCUCACACAACUGGCCGAGCUGCACGACAAGAUUUGUCUGUUGACUUCGAGCAUGGUGCAAGAGGACAAUGCUCCUGCGGCCCAUGAUCGACCAGCAAUUAAUUGGGACCACGGCGAUCCGCUGAAGGCGGAUUACGACGCUUUAAACCGGCGGAUCGCCGCCUUGCAGAAGCAAAUAGCCGAGAAACAGAUUGAAGCGGGGUGGAAGCUGCGGGAAUUAAGACAGGCUCUUCGUCUUGAGCAGGCAAACCUCAUUCAAAUCUCCGAACGGAUGAAUCUCGAAAGAAAGUGCAACCUGGCCCUCCACCUCAACAUGGACCGUGCGAUAUAAAAAGUCUGUUGGAUUCAAUUACACCUGUCGAUAUUUUACAGGACGACAGAGUCGUCUCCGAAAAAUUUCUGUCACACUGCAACUCGAAGAAAUUGCUUUCUCUUAUCUUAUCUUAGACCAAAAGGAAUAUCAUUAGUAGAUUUGGAAGAGUUCUAUCGAUAUUCGACAGUAAAGAAUAAUAUAGAAAAGAAUUGUAAUUGUAUAUGUGUGGUUAUAAAAAACGUAUAAAUCCUGAAAGCCCGUAUUAUUAUUAAACGCGUCAAGUGAGAUACUUAAAUUUCAAUUUAGAGUUAGAUGAAUUUUUUAGUUGAAUCGCGACUGGAAAUAUAAACGUCACACUUAUCAUAAUUCAACUGAAGAACCCGACUCUAAGUAAAAAUUUGAGUAUCUCAUCUAAGUUUCAAGUUAUGACUAUUAAUAUAGACCGAAGUCACAUGAACUUUCGAUUUGUGCGCGCCUAGAGCAACCGCCAAAACGCCGCAAGAGGAACACGCACACACGCGAAAUAUAACAUAUAAUAUAUUCUUCAAUUAUUACAAAUUGUUCACACACGCAGCAGCCGACCUCUCCUCGCACUUCCUUUACCGAUUAGCAUUUGAAUAACUGUAAUCAUCUAAUAGCUAUUGAAUAACUCAGAAAAUAUCAGCAUUUGAAUAACUAUAAUCAUCUAGACGCAUAUAAUUUCAUAAUGCGCCUAUAU